AAUGCCCUGGUAAUGUUUCAUAAUACUGUAUAUACAAUUAAGCUGCUGUAACGACACCUCAGUAGGACUGGAUGCUGUUCUUUUAUAGUCAAAAGAGAGACUUUCAAGUGUGUUUUCCUGCUAAAAAAAACAUGAAUAUGUAUGUAGUUCACAGAAGUAUUAUUGCUGUUGCUUGUGUCCCUGGAGGACCAUCAAGGACGUCGUUACCAGAAGACGCUCACUUGCAGGGAUUCAGUGAGAGGGUUGCAUCACCACUCUCAACCUCAUCUCCCGUCUAGCCUGGAGAGUCCUUGAUCAGAUCAUCUCUUCAAUAUUGUCACCAUAAUCAGGCCCUCCAGAGGCUGGAGCUCAUGGAGACGGCAGAUCCUCCCUACCCACGUCAUGGCAACCUCCCCAGUGGACAGCCUAAGAAAUACUGUAAAGUGUCAAUAGAGGCCGACUCCUCUGAGACGGCUCCCAAUGUGGCGAACAAAGACGUCCGAAGGGUUCUGGGUAGCUCUCGCAAAGCUGUAGUGAGACUGGAGCGUCUGGACUUCCGUACUUUAUCCGGCGCAUCUCUGGGACAAGUCGGGACUCUGAAUGAAGUGAAUCCAAAUGGAUCAGCUAAGGCGGAGAUCCAGGAGAAAAGACCUGACUUGAGUCCCUCGGGCUCGCCUGCAUCGGCACCAGAACUGGAACCAGAUCCGGAUCCACCUUACGUCAUGGUUCACCAGCAUGGGAAGGCUGACUUGGACACCUUCUACUUGGAUCCGGACCGUAAGCUCAUCAUGGUACUUGAGCUCGAGCCAGAAGAUUCUGAAUGCGAACCGGCUCCAGAGUCCAAAUGUGGAGAUCCUCACGGGGACUCCUCGACUCAAGAAGUGGUCCAAAGUGGAGGCGGGAGCGAGGAGAUGGAGAGUGAAGACUACUGUGCUGUGUGUCGGAGUGGAGGAGAUCUGCUUUGCUGUGACUUUUGUCCUAAGGUUUACCACUUGGCUUGUCACAUUCCUUCACUCCUCAGCCUCCCAACGGGAGACUGGGCGUGUUCGCUGUGCAUGACUGACCACGACCCAGCAGAGGCCUUCGUCAGUGAGGGGGUCAGCACCCUGUACGCCCUGUCCCCGUGCGAUCAGAGGAAAUGUGAGAAGCUGACGUUGCUGCUGUACGUCCACACGCUGAGCGAUCCUUUCCACGAGCCUGUCAGCCGCCAGGCGAGGAACUACUACCAGGUCAUCAAGAGGCCCGUGGACUUGUCGCUGAUCCGCAGGAAACUAGACAGGAGCAACACUGUGCACUACUUCACAGCCGACCAAUUCGUCAACGACGUCCUGCUGAUGUUCAGCAACUGUGCUACCUUCAACUACCCCGACUCGGAGGUGGCCCGGGCCGGCCGGCACCUGGAGGUGUUUUUCCUGAGCCAGCUAAAGGAGAUUUUCCCGGACCGGACGUUCCCUUCGGCCAGCCGGGACAGGACGGAGCGUGCUCGCCUGCAGUGGCGCAGCAGGAGGAGGAAGGAGGCCGGCAGGCGGGAGAGAAAUGAGAGGAGUGGAUGGAGAAAAGACUUUCUACUCUAAAGACCUGAUUUAGUGAGAUCCGAAUAACAAGUUUUAAAUAGCGUGUACUACUAGUGGGCGUGUGUGCACAAGUGCAAAAGGGGUGCAGACCACCAUUUUAAAUUAGGGUUUUAUAGAGAAGCGUGAUUUAGACGAUGGAACUUACUGUAAUGAUCCAGUUGCAAGAAUAUGCAUAUUGCGAGAAUUUUUUUCAUAUAGGAAAAAACUGUAUACUGUAUUUUCCGGACUGCAGAGUGCACCGGUAUAUAAGCCGCAUCCACUAAAUUUUAUGGAAAACUAAUAUUUUUCCGUAUAUUUCCGACUAUGAGCCGCAGAUAUAUAUGUUGUGAAAUGAGUUAUUUACGCGGAAAUAUUUUGUAAAUGUUCAUUUACAUACCUUAAUUGUUUCCAAACGGUGUCUGUAACACGGCAGUAAAACGGCUGAUCAAACAAAACAGAAGUCAUCGUCAUGGACCGACUAGCUGCGCGAGCUAGCUCUCCAAUCAGACUCAAUAACUCCACGGUGACGUUUUGGUGAAUUUACUGAGGAAUUUGUGAAACUGAAACAAUACAAAAAGAAGGCCGUUGUAGGUUAAUAACAAAGACACUCGUAAACGCGUUAGCAUAUUAGCCAGUGCUAACGAGGCUAGCUUGAAUACAUUAGGAUUGCACGUACAAAUAUGCAUGAAAACACUCCUACAGACAUCACACAUGGGACGGUUUAGUAAGUAUACACAGUUUUAGUUAUAUUGGAAAACUUACAAACGUUGCUUGGAGUGAUAAAUGAAAAAUCCAUACGAGUAGUGACGCUAUGGACAGCUAAAAGACUCAACGGCAGUUGUACUUCCGGUUCAAAGCCUUAUAGAUGGAAGGACACUGCAGGGCCUGCAGUGAGCAAACUCGUCCAAAAGAUGGCGCCAUAGCACAAACAACAGCACACCUUGUCAGUGUAUUUGCUUGUUUUAAAAAAAAAAACUAUUUGUAUUAUGGCCGUCAGCAAAGAAAAAUCCAUAAAUUAGCCUACAAUUGGGUUCAAAAUGUAAGAAAAAAGUAACGGCUUAUAGUCUGGAAAAAAAAAUACAUUCGUCCAAAAGAUGGCACCAUAGCACAAACAACAGCACACCUUGUCAGUGUAUUUGCUUGUUUUAAAAAACAACUAUUUGUAUUAUGGCCGUCAGCAAAGAAAAAUCCAUAAAUUAGCCUACAAUUGGGUUCAAAAUGUAAGAAAAAAGUAACGGCUUAUAGUCUGGAAAAAAAAAUACACCAUUAAAAAAACCGCAAAUGAAUUGAUUUUGUUUGUAUCAACCUGUUCCGUCAUCCAGCAGCUAUGAAAUAAUACAAAGUAAUUGCUGAAUAGACAAUAUUUAGAAUAUGUUUAUUUCUGACAUUUUAAAUAUGUUGACACACAAAAUAAUCUCUGUCACACUUGUUUGUCUUUGCUGUGCAAUCAUCUCCUUUCCCACAGCCAUUUGUGCGUAACUGUGCCAGUUUGCGCAGACAUUCCAGACGUGCUAAAUAUAGACGCAAAAACAGCGGUCGCAGAAUAGUUUCGGUCUUGAUAAAUCUCAUUGCGAGUGCUAAAUGAUCACAUUUGCAUAUUCUCAUAUAUAAUCUCCAUACAC